AUGUAUUCCUUAAUAAAAAGAGUUAAUACUAUUAGACUGCAGCAUUUUGUCAAAUGUGUCAGAAAUUUAAAUUUACCUAAUAGAUCAAACCUAGCUGUUCCUUAUAAUACCGGACAACCUACUCACGAAACUAGACCUCAUUAUUUGCCAAUCCCCGGUAAUAUAACUCCAGGUAUAAGUGCUCUUGAGUAUUAUGAUCGUAGGCUUGAGAUAGCAAAGCAAUUGCCUGUCAAAUCUUUGGCGAUUCUAGUUGGAAAUGAAGUACAAUUUAGUUCCGGAAGUGUUUUCUAUGAUUUCCAACAAGACAAUAACUUGUACUAUAUGACAGGAUGGCUUGAGCCAAAUUCAGUAGCCAUUAUUGAAAAGCAACAUGAUAGGGGUAAUGAUGAAGAUGUUAUCUUGCAUAUGCUAGUACCGCCCAAGAAUCCACAGGUAGAAUUAUGGGAAGGUGAAAGACUGGGGUUGCAAGGAGCUUACGAUUACUUUAAUGCAGACUAUGUUGAUGAUAUCAAUAAUGUUAAAAAAUACCUUGAAAUAUUAUUAUCCAGAAAUGAUAUUGUCUAUUGGGAUGACAAGUCAAGUGGAGUAUCGGGAUCAUCAAGUAAAUUUUCAUCAUUCUUUAAUUUGAAUGUCUUGAACAAGAAUUCUUCAAGUAUUCAGGAGCUUAUCAAAAGUACAAAUAAGCAGGUUAAGUCAUUAAAUAGCCUAAUUGCACAACAAAGAUCUAUCAAAUCAUUCAGUGAAAUCGAAGUAAUGCAUUCAGCUGCACAAAUAUCUAGUAGGGCAAUCAAUAAAGCCAUGGGAAAGGUAGGUUCUGAAUCACCUAUCGCUUCGGAAAAAACUUUAGCGAAGUACUUAGAUUAUCAGUUUGUUAAGGGUGGCUGUGAUAAACAGGCUUACAUUCCAGUCGUUGCCAGUGGCCCAAAUGCAUUGACUAUUCAUUAUACAAGAAAUGAUGACUUGUUAUAUAAAGAUGAAUUGGUUUUUAUUGAUGCUGGAGGAAAAUUAGGGGGGUAUUGCUCUGAUAUUUCAAGAGCAUGGCCAAAUUCACCUGGUGGAUUCAGUGACCCACAAAGGGAUAUCUAUGAAAUUGUUUUGAAGGUUAACAAACAAUGUAUUGAUUUGUGCUAUGAGAAUAAUGAUAUUUCAAUAAAUAAUAUCCAUGAAUUUUCUGUUGAAAAUUUAACCAAGGAAAUUAAAAGGUUACCUGGCUUUACAAACGUUUCAAAGUAUGAUGUUUCAAAAGAUUUAUUCCCACAUUACAUUGGCCAUCACUUAGGGUUAGAUCUUCAUGAUAUUCCAUCGGUCUCAAGGUUCCAGAAAAUUAAAGAAGGCAACGUACUCACAAUUGAACCAGGUUUAUAUAUUCCAAUGAAUGAUAAAUACCCUAAAUGGUAUCAAGGUAUUGGAAUUAGGGUGGAAGAUGAUGUUGUUGUUGGAAAGUCGAAAAAUGAUAUCUUAAAUUUGACUAGCGGUUGUGUUAAAGAGAUUGAUGAUAUUGAAUCAUUAAUUAAAAAUGGUGUCACUACACCAGGUAUCGAUGAUGAAUUAGUAAUCUUAGAUAUUUGA